AUGCUGUACAACGGCAUAGGACUUCUGAGCGCCAAGGGUUCUUCCACCUCUGGACGAGUCGAAAAGAACCUCUCUACACUGGACUCAACCGUCAAAAACAGAAAUUCUGACCGCCAUUCUAGAGCACAUGGAAAAAAGAAUCAUGAACAGGAAACCACCAAUGUCAGCAAAUACCGUCAACAGAUGGCCAAGGAAUCUCUUAAGGACCAUAAGAAUAAACGGGCGGUCGAAGUUAAGUGCGCUGAGCGGCGAAUAGAAUUGGAGGAUGCGGGUCUUAAUGAAAAGGAAAUCGACGAGCAGGUCGACUCCUACCGAGUAUUGCUCAGUGAGCAAUAUUCCAUUCCUCAGCGAAGCUGCGAAGUCGAAGUUACGUCCAGCACUGAACGAGAGGAGGUACCAGAACCGAGGGACAUUGCAUCUACUAAUUAUGUUCCUCGCCAUACCGAAGGUAGAAUCAAGAGACGGUGA